AUGGACUCGCCCGAGAUUAUGAAUAUCAAUCAAUCAUUAACUUCUUCUUUAUCUCGACCCACCAAUGAACCACUACACGAACAGCACAUACGAAACGAAGAAUCACAUUUUGAACGAAGUAUACCCGACACAUAUCAUCAUUCAUCAUACGAAUAUCUUGCGUCGACGAUUACCAACAUUCCCGUCGAAGAAGUAAACAACAAUAAUAACAAUAAUCAGACUCAAAUACCAACUAGUAUAUCCCACCAUCAACGAACAACUUCUCCAUCGCAUAGAUAUUUAAAUGAAUAUAUCCCACCAGCUACAUCAUACAGUCCGACAUCUUACCGCUACUCAUCCGGACCGAUUCUCGAUGAAUCUCUCGGCCAUUCGUAUUCAAUAAAUCGUCCAACACAAGCACAACUAUCGACAAAUUCACUUUCAGCCUAUGUUCCUCAGCAAAAUAAUAAUAAUAAUAAUAUGAAUCGUCAUUCAUUACUUCCAGCAACAUCGGAUGAUUCCGGAAAUGAGUCAUCUGUAAAUUAUCAACAACAAUUAACGACGAAUACGCAUUUUGUUGUUGUUGCUAUCGAUUUUGGUACUACAUUUAGUGGUUAUGCAUUUGCAUUUACGCGAGAUAUUGAUUCAAUUUUAAUGAUGCGUAAAGUCGAUGGCAAUGAUCCCGGUGUAAUCAAUCAAAAAACGCCAACGACGAUACUUUUAACGCCACAUUUAGAAUUUCACUCGUUCGGAUUUUUCGCACGGGAUUUUUUUCACGAUCUCGAUCCGGACGAAGCGAAACGUUGGCUGUACUUCGAAAAGUUCAAAAUGCAUCUUCACUACACUCAAGAUCUCAAUACUCAAACAUUAAUUCCAGCGAGUAACGGCCGCAAAGUUCCAGCAUUGACCAUUUUUACAUAUGCAUUACAAUAUUUUAAAGAACAUGCUCUACGUGAACUUUCCGAUCAAUCAGGAACACGAUUUGUUAAUGAAGAUGUUCGAUGGGUUAUUACUGUCCCGGCUAUCUGGAAACAAUCAGCUAAACAAUUUAUGCGCGAAGCUGCUUAUCAAGCUGGAAUUGCCUCACGUGAGUUUCCUGAACAAUUACUUAUUGCGUUGGAGCCAGAAGCCGCAUCGAUCUACAUACGCAAACUUCGUAUGCACCAGUUCGUUCCGGAUGAGACGCCAGCAUUCUCUCGAAAUACAGUACGACGUGAUCAUAGUUUAUUUUCUUCGACAAUAUCUGAUCAUUCAUCUGCCAUUCUGCACGAUCCAGAAAAACUAUCAACCGAUCAGAGCGAGUUGUCCAAUCAACAAAAUCAGACUUUUGAAGUUUUUCUUGAUCGAGGAACGCGUUACAUCGUUGUUGACUGCGGUGGUGGAACAGUGGAUAUAACCGUACACGAGAUGGAUAAUAAAAUGGGAACAUUAAAAGAAUUGUACAAAGCUACAGGCGGACCGUAUGGAUCAGUUGGUGUCGAUCAAGAAUUCGAAAAAUUGAUGAACGCUAUAUUUGGUAGUGAAAUUAUGGAUGAAUUUAAAAUCAAACGACCAGCUGGCUAUGUCGAUUUGAUGAUUGCCUUCGAAGCGCGCAAACGAACGGCUAGUCCAUUCAAAAACAACCCAUUGAACAUCUCAUUACCAUUUUCAUUCAUUGAUUUCUAUAAGAAGAAAAAGGGUUCGACAGUGGAAGCAGCCAUUCGCCGUUACAAUGAUCCAGAUAUCAAAUGGUCAACGCAAGGUAUGAUGAGAUUGACACCCGAAGCUAUGAAACGUCUCUUUCAUCCGACUGUUGAAAAAAUUAAAACUACUAUCGGCGAAAUAUUGAAUAGUCCUGAUGUCAAAGGUAUUCAAUAUCUCUUUCUUGUUGGUGGUUUUGCUGAGUCGCCCAUACUUCAGCACGAGAUUCGUCGAGCAUUUUCAAAUAUUUUGAAAAUCAUUAUUCCUCAAGACGUGUCAUUAACUAUUCUAAAAGGUGCUGUUCUAUUUGGCCUUGAUCCAACUAUUGUUAAUGUUCGUCGUUCACGAUUAACAUAUGGUGUAUCUGUUUUGAAUCGCUUUAUACCAGAUCAUCAUCCGAUCGAGAAGAAAAUUAUUAAAGAUAAUAAUGAGUGGUGUGCUGAUAUAUUUGAUAAAUUUGUACUUGUCGAUCAAUCGAUUGGUCUUGGUGAUAUCGUCGUCCGAAAGUAUACACCAGCAAGAUAUAAUCAAGCGCAAUGUAUCAUUUCAUUCUACUGUUCCGAAUCGGAUAAACCGAUUUAUGUAACUGAUCCAGGCGUGAGAAAAAUAGGUACACUUGUUCUCGAUAUGUUUAAUGAUGGAUAUUCGUCAGCUGAUCAGAAGAUGAAUACGAAAAAUCAAAGACGUGAAAUCCAGACACGCAUGGUUUUUGGUGAUACGGAAAUCAAAGUGAGCGCACUGGACGUGACCACCGGCAAAUGCGUUCGAGCGACAAUCGAUUUUCUGAAUAAAUAA